AUGGAAGAAUUGUCAAGCAAAGCGAAUGAAAGAAAUAGGAAAGCUCGACAAAGACUUGAACAAGUCCUUUGUGAUUGUUCGUUAUGCAAAGGUGAGCAGGUGGAGGUUACUAAUUUUGUUGCUUCAAAGCACUUGAAGUAUUUGGAGAAAGAAUCGCCAAAACUGUUCCUUCGACAUCGCCUAUAAAUAGUGGCAGUGACAACGAGGAUGAGCUUGGAUGUGGCAGCAAUAUUAUCACUAGUACGCAUGAUAGCCCCGUGCACAACAAUGACGAAAAUGGUAAUAUAGAAUUUGAACCUCAUUCAGCGUUCGAUUGUGCUUCCAACAGCUACUACGUAUACGAAUUAGACAACAAACUAGAUGAAGAAGAACAAAUAUUUGACAAUGACGACAAAGCCCCUUUUCUAUCUCCUCAUGAUCGUGGCGGGACCAGGGCACAGGAUGAGACAUACGAAAAAGUUCGGUACAAUAGCUGCCAUGCAAAAAUGCCCCUUUAUCCUGAAAGUGGCGUGACUGUCCUUGAAACACUUGCAAGGUAUUUCCAGUGGUUUACAGAGCAUCCUGGUGUAAGUAAAACAUCUCUAUCUGACCUGCUGAGCAUUCAAAACUAGUACAUCCUACCAGUCCAUAACAAUCUACCUUGGUCAUAUGACGAAGCCUUCAAGUUUGUUGAGCCAUUUCUUCUCCCUGUUUGUCCAAACAAUUGCAUUGUAUAUCGUAAUUCACUGAGAUUACAAUUCCAAAAGCUAACCAAAUGCCCAGUUUGUGGAACACCAAGAUACAUUGGGAAUUCUGGCCAUGCACGGAAGUGAUUCCAUUACUAUCCUGUGGGAACCUCAUUGGAAAAGAAUGUACGGAAACUCAAGAAUUUCAGAAAUGCUGCAGAGUCAUGGGGCACCAGCCACGUGCACAGAGAAAGAUAACAUGCAAGAUGUUCAUGAUUCUCCCCUAUUUCAAGAAGCAUACAAAGUUGGUAAAUUUUUCAAUGGAGAUCCUCGAGGGCUAUCUGUACAGUUUUCAACAGACGGAAUGAACCCAUUCAAGCAUGGAACAUGCUCUAUGUGGCUCAUAACACUUACAGUGCUAAACCUUCCCAAGCAUGUAAGACAUCUUGUUUACCAAUAUUACACUGGUUGGUAUUAUACCAGGGCAGAAUGGUGAUGCAGCUUUGAAGAUUGACUCAUAUGUGGAAGUCCUUGUGGAUGAGCUUUUGGAAUUCUCAGUUGGUGUACCAAUGUAUGAUGGAUACCAAAGCAAGAAAUUUGACUUGAAGGUUAGAAUACUAAAUCAUGUUUUGGAUUAUUCUGGCCUGAACAAGCUUUUCUCUGCUACUGGAGCGAAUGCUCUGAAGGGAUGUCUGUGGUGUGAUGUUCAAAGUACCUGUAAUUAUUUUUUGAUAAUAUACAAUUCUUAA